CCUUCGGGGGCGCGCUCCACUCCGCCCCGCGGCGGGUCCCCGCGGCCGCCGCGUGCAAGGGCUUCUGGGAGCCGGGCCCCGGGGUCCCGGGGAGGGGGCGCAGGUGGCCGCCAUCUUGGGCUGCGAACCGGGUCGCUCCGUUCGACGCUAGGGGCGGAGUGGCGACCCCGCCGUCACCCGCAGCCGACGCGCAGCCGGAGCCGGGCAGUGCGGGCGCGGGUGGAGCCCCGUGAACGGGUGCCAUGGCUUAUUCAGGGAAAGAUAACUAUAGAAUGAAAAGUUAUAAGAAUAAAGCCCUAAAUCCCCAAGAGAUGCGUAGAAGAAGAGAAGAAGAAGGAAUACAGCUUCGAAAACAAAAGAGGGAAGAACAGCUGUUUAAACGCAGAAAUGUCUCUUUGCCCAGAAGUGAUGAAUCUAUGCCAGAAAGUCCUAUUCAGGAUCCAGAUAUCAGUUCCACUGUACCCAUUCCAGAGGAUGAUGUUAUAACCGCAGAUAUGGUUCAGAUGAUUUUUUCUAAUAAUGCUGAUCAACAACUAACAGCGACACAGAAAUUUAGAAAGCUGCUUUCUAAAGAACCUAAUCCACCAAUUGAUCAAGUUAUACAGAAACCUGGAGUUGUACAGAGAUUUGUGAAAUUUCUUGAAAGAAAUGAAAAUUGUACUUUACAAUUUGAGGCUGCAUGGGCAUUAACUAAUAUAGCGUCUGGAACUUUUCUUCAUACCAAGGUAGUGAUUGAAACAGGGGCUGUUCCAAUUUUUAUCAAACUUCUAAAUUCAGAGCAUGAAGAUGUUCAAGAACAGGCUGUUUGGGCACUUGGUAAUAUUGCUGGUGACAAUGCAGAAUGCAGAGAUUUUGUUUUGAACUGUGAAAUACUUCCACCUCUUUUAGAGUUAUUAACAAAUUCAAACAGACUUACAACAACCAGAAAUGCUGUAUGGGCCCUCUCAAAUUUAUGUAGAGGCAAAAACCCUCCUCCAAACUUUAGUAAGGUUUCACCUUGCUUAAAUGUUCUGUCACGAUUGUUGUUUAGCAGUGACUCAGAUGUAUUAGCAGAUGUGUGUUGGGCCCUUUCUUAUCUCUCUGAUGGACCCAAUGAUAAAAUUCAAGCAGUCAUCAAUUCUGGAGUCUGUCGAAGAUUGGUGGAACUUUUGAUGCACAAUGAUUAUAAAGUUGUAUCACCUGCAUUAAGAGCAGUUGGUAAUAUUGUGACUGGUGAUGAUAUUCAAACACAGGUAAUUUUGAAUUGCUCUGCAUUACCCUGUCUCUUACACUUACUGAGUAGCCUAAAGGAGUCAAUCAGAAAAGAAGCCUGCUGGACUGUAUCUAACAUUACUGCUGGAAAUAGAGCUCAGAUUCAGUCAGUUAUAGAUGCAAAUAUUUUUCCUGUUUUGAUUGAGAUUCUUCAGAAAGCAGAGUUUCGCACCAGAAAAGAAGCAGCUUGGGCUAUAACUAAUGCAACAUCAGGAGGCACUCCAGAACAAAUAAAGUAUUUGGUAGCUUUAGGCUGCAUUAAACCACUUUGUGACCUAUUGACUGUUAUGGACUCUAAGAUAGUCCAAGUGGCUUUAAAUGGACUUGAAAAUAUUUUACGUCUUGGAGAACAAGAAUCUAAGCAGAAUGGGAUGGGUAUUAAUCCAUACUGUGCUCUCAUUGAAGAAGCAUAUGGUCUAGAUAAAAUUGAAUUUCUACAAAGCCAUGAAAAUCAAGAAAUUUACCAAAAGGCCUUUGAUCUGAUUGAACAUUACUUUGGUGAAGAAGACGACGACCCCACCAUUGUACCUCAGGUGGAUGAAAACCAGCAACAGUUUGUAUUUCAGCAGCAGGAAGCACCAAUGGAAGGGUUUCAACUUUAACUUGGUGGAGGAAAGAAUUAACGCUAAAAAGGGUAGCUUCCGAUAGCUCCUCUUUGUUACCAUGUCAGUAGGAAUGUUUGAUAUGUUCUUAUGUAGAACGGAAAAGGAGUUGAUGCACUUUUAAAAGCAAACAAAACAAAAGUUUCUAGUCAGCUGCAACCUCUCAGUAUAGUUUUGUUUUUAUUUUGCUGUGCCUGUAUAUAUGUAUUUUAUUGUUUUAUCUGUUCCUUAAUCUAUUCAUGAGCAAUUAAAUACAUUAUGAAGUUAUUUAAUAACUUAAGCUUGAAAGGAGAACUUUGGUAAGGUAUUACAUAUGGUUCUGAAUUUUUUUUCUAGCAUUCUUGAAAACUGCAUAUUAGCAGUCCAGGUAGUUAGAAUUGCAUUGUGGCAGCAAGUCUGACAGGCCCAAUCUCUACUAAAUCUACCUCUAUCUUAAAGCAAAAACACGUCAGAAGCAUUAGUAUAAAAGCUAAAUUAAAAUGUGAAAAUAAUCUAUUACCUUAAAUUAUAAAUCACUGUGCUGGAGGUUAUACUUUGCAAAAAUAAAUUGCAUCAGAAAAAGCUGUAACAUUUAUUUAUAAAACACAAGAAAUAUUGAUAAUUAAAAUGUGGCAAUUGUGGAGAGAAGCUGUUCUUCAUGUUGAACACAUUAAAAUGAUCACACAUUAAAUAUUUGUGUUUUUAACAUAUAAAUGCUAUUGUAUUAACAUAUUUUGUAUUUUGACCAAAUAUGCUACCAUUUUUGAAAUAAUGUUUUAUAAUUUUUCACUUUAUUUAAAAAAGCAUAAUUUUAAGGAAUGCCAGCAUCAGUCUAAAGUGGUGCUGAUAGCAAAAAUAAUACUAUAUAUUCUUUCUCUGAUUUUUCACAGCAGUAAUUGAAGUUUCAUUUUCUGUGUAUUAGUGGCGAAAUUAUCCUGAAGAAGUCACCUUGAUAUGUGCUAGUCAAUAUACUUAAUGUUUGGACACGAAAAGAUGAUAUUUAUGAAAAUUGAUAAGGAUUCUUUAAUAUAGUUGAAAUCUGCAUUAGGAUAUUUUUAAUAUUCAGAGUUUCAUACUGCUGUGUUAUCAAUCAGUGUAUUACAUUUCAUUUAUAUCAGAUUGGUCAAUAUAAUGUGUGUUUUAUGUAUUAAAGGCAAAACCUCUUCAAACUGAAACUUUUAAAAAAGUUUCAACAGAAAAGUUAUAUAUAUUUAUGUGUGGGUAAAUAUAUAUGUAUGUGUCUGUGUGUUAUUCUCACAGUACUAUACUUGGUAAAGUUUACGCAGACAUGGUACUGUUGAACUCAGCUUUUCCAUUUAUAGUUAUAUGCAGGCUAUUUACAUUUCCAAUUAUAUAACUAAAAUACUUAUUUAAAAAUUAGCUUACAACUGUUUUAAGAUGGGAACUGAAACAUUUUUUAUAUGAUUCAUAGUCUAUUCUGUAAAGAAAGAUUUCAUUUACGAUAGCAUUUAUAAUGUUUCUGCUGGAAAUCAGAGGCAUGUUAUGAGAAGGAAAUGUAUAUAUGAGUACUUUUAAAUAGUAUGAAACUUUGUAUAUUAUGUAUGAUGAAACUAAGCUUUUGGCAAGAGACUUAAAACCUACAACUAUAAAGUACAGGUUUAAUUGGUGUUUAAAUGCUGACUGUAUCUGCCAAACUUCUUUUAUAUUAAGCAGAAGAUUGUAUUUGUGUCCUUCUUAUUGUAGUAGAAGUUACGAAGUUUAGUAUAAAAAGUUUCUUUUGCAUUAUGUAUCUUCAAAAGAACAGGGUAUAUUAAAGAUUAGCAAAUUGAUGGUGAAUUUAUCAGAUAAACAUUUUUUUUGUUGUAUAGAUGAUUCUAAGUAUAAGGAGACAGGGUAUUCCACUCUUUCUAUUCAAUUGAACUUAAUAUAGGAAAAUUCAUAAACUAGCCAGCCGUGCCUGCUUUUAUUUUGAGGACACUGUAAUCACAUUAAUAAAUCUCUAAGCCAAACCUUUCAAACAAAUAGUUCUUAUAGAAGGAAAAAUAAUAUAUAUAUGUUUGUGCCCAUGCACACAUAUAGAAUGAUGUCAGAGGAGGAUUUCAAAUUUUUUGCCACUAAAAUAAACAUAUCUCUAAGUACAGAUGUGACCAUAUUUUAAGCAUUCAAAUACAAAAUUAUAUUUAAUUUCAUGGACCUGUUAUGUGGGUAAUUAAUUUGAUUAGAUUUGAAUGCAAGAGAUAGUAAUAGUUGGAAUCAGCUAUUGGUGUGGUGGUGACUAUUGAACCAAGACUAGCAAAGACUUUGUUUAUAAAUUUAUUUUUCAAUACGACUACUUUUUUCAAAUAUACUAUUUAAAGUGUUCCAAAAUGCGUUUUCAUUAAUCUUCACUGACCCAUAGGGGGGAAAAUGUUUUAACUUCUUUUCCUAAGAUUCAUUAUAUUUAAAUCUGAGAGAAUCUGUGCCCCACCCCCAAAAUUAAAACAUCUAAAGGGGGAACACAUGCAACAUUAAUGCAGAAAUUAAUAUAAUACUUGAAAGAGUCCUUUACAUUUAUUGCAGAAAAUUCGGUGUUUUGUUUUGUCUGAAUUUGAAUUUUUAAUAGUUAAUCUAUGCAAUUUUGCUUACUGUUGUAUAUUUGUAAGUACUUGAGUCACUGGACUGUUUUAUUAUUUGUUUUUUUUUACUAUAAGUUUUAUUUUUAAAGGUGUGUUCCUAGGACUUAAUUCUUAGUGUCAUUUUGUUCUCUUACUGGUAGCACUGGAACAAGAAAGCAAAAAAAAAAAGUUUUUUUUUAUAAUAAAAAAAACGUAAUAUGCUAAUUAGACCAGACAGCCGAACGAAGCCGGGGC